CUCCGCCUUUAGUACCGGAAAUGAUUCUGUUCAGUUUCUUGGCGUCCACGCUUCCUAGUAACGUGUUAAGAAAAUUGUUUACCAAGUGAAGAAUAGCGUUUCAGGAGGAUGACUUUAAAAUACAAUAACAUGAUGUUUGCAGAAGAAAAGUGGGAUGAUGAUUCAGCAGUAGAAGAUUUUAAAAAAUGCACAUUCCAUGGAAAUGUUGUGCUUUCCAGGAGGAAUAAGUUAAUGCAGAAACAAGAAUUGGCAAGGAAGAAAAAAUUAUCCACUGUAGCUGACCAAGCCUCAUUUGACAGUGACCUUCAGACUGCUAAGGAAACUUGGAAGGCAGAGAAAAGAAAGAAGAGCAGUGUUUCUGUCUGUCCAAAGAAAAUGACCACUAAUUGUAAAAAGACAUUGAUCAGAAAUGCAAGCACCAUUGUAGAAGAGAGACUAUUUAAUAAACAUGAAGACUUAAAUAUUGAAGGUCCACAUGAAGAUGUUAGCUCACCAACACAAUAUCAAAUGAGGAAGCAAGAAAUUAUUCAGAGGAGAGAUAUGAUCAAUGGAAUUAAAAGUAAGAGAAAAAAAAGAAAUCGUGAAAAUGGACAGAAACUGGGCAUGGUAUCUAGAAGUAUAAAACUACCUGGUACAUUACCUAUUUUUCCCCAGAAUAAAACAGAAGCAAACCAGUUGGGAUCAACUAUAAAAGAUGUCAAAAGUGUUAUUCCAUACCACAGACCAAAGGAUACGGAAGGGGAAUCUUCAACGAGAAACAAGAAUAUUAAAAAUAAAGAAGAAAAUAGUAAACAAAAUCGGGAAAAAACAAAAACGAAGAGUACUAAUCAUACCAAAGUUGUUUCUGUUAGUAAAAGAAUACUGUCAAAAAAUAAAAAGGCACAGAGACUUCAAAGAAUCCUAAGUAUGCAUGAUGCAUCAUCAAAAAUGAGCUCACCAGUAAGCAGUAAUCUUGAGAAUGUAGAUAAUGAUAAUCAUAAUACUUUCAUCAAACAAUCCAAGACGGACCUUAAUGAAAUGACAGUAAAUCGCUCAAAAUUACUGCGUACCCAAAUGGAACAGCGUUUAGAAUCUGCAAGAUUCAGAUUUAUAAAUGAACAGCUUUAUACUUCCUCAAGCCUUGAGGCAUACAAGUUGUUUCAUAAAGACAGUAAUUGCUUUCAUAUUUACCAUCGUGGUUUCACUGCACAAGUGAAAUCCUGGCCUCAAAAUCCUGUGGAUUCCAUAAUAGACUACAUAAAAAAGAGACCAGCAUCUUUGAUUGUAGCUGAUUUUGGCUGUGGUGAUUGUAAGAUUGCACUUAGUGUGAAAAAUAAAGUUCACUCAUUUGACUUAUUUCCUGUCAACAAACUUGUUACAGUCUGUGACAUGUCCAAAGUCCCUCUACCUGAUAAUUCUGUGGACAUAGUGGUUUUCUGCCUUUCUCUAAUGGGAACCAAUCUUUGUGACUUCUUAGUGGAAGCUAACCGUGUCCUUGUCUCAAAUGGUGUGCUCAAGAUUGCAGAAGUGGCCAGCAGAUUUAAUGAUAUUCGUGACUUCAUUACUGCUUUAGCCAGGCUCGGCUUCAAGCUGUGUACUAAGGAAACAAAAAACAGCUACUUCUUCUCCUUUGAGUUUAUUAAAACAGGAAGUCCAUACCUAAAAGGCAAGAGUCUUAAGCUGGAUUUGAAACCCUGUGUUUACAAAAAGAGGUGAAGUCUCCAAAAUAGUGUGGUGUCAACUUUACAGUUUGUGAAUAAAUGAAAAGCAUAACUGGUUUGUGUGCAGCAAAUCAGUAAAAAUGUUGAAAGUUAAUUAUUGUACUAAAAUGCAACACAAUAAAUAAAUAUGUGGUAAA